AGAGAGAGAGAGAGAGAGAUCAGAGGAGGUGGAGACACACACAUACCUAUACAAGUGAUCAGUGUUGAAACGCAGGCCUUUUCGUUCAUACCCAAUAUAACUUUCAUUCCUGUCAGGAUUAUUAUCUGUCGGACAGCUGGGAUUCUGUUAGUCCUUUUUAAAAGCCUUAUUUUGUUCGUUUCCGUUUCGUUGUCGUCGGGUUUCUGUUGGAUCUUUAGUGUCUGGCUAGCGAGCACAGCUAACCGCAGCUAGCCGGAUAAAUCUCUUUCCUCGGCCUCAGGAGCCCAUUACACACACAAAAUGGCAUUAAAACGAAUUCACAAGGAACUGACUGAUCUGGGCCGGGACCCUCCAGCACAGUGCUCAGCAGGACCGGUUGGAGAUGACUUGUUUCACUGGCAAGCAACAAUUAUGGGACCUAAUGACAGUCCAUAUCAAGGGGGUGUGUUUUUCUUGACCAUUCAUUUUCCUACAGACUACCCUUUCAAACCACCUAAGGUUGCAUUCACGACAAGAAUUUAUCACCCAAAUAUUAACAGUAAUGGCAGCAUCUGUUUGGAUAUUCUAAGGUCACAGUGGUCUCCUGCGUUAACUAUCUCUAAAGUUCUAUUGUCCAUCUGCUCACUGUUAUGUGAUCCAAACCCAGAUGAUCCAUUAGUGCCAGAGAUAGCACGUAUCUAUAAAACAGACAAUGAAAAGUACAACAGAAUAGCUCGGGAAUGGACUCAAAAAUCCCAGCUGUUUGAUGUUGAUUCUGAAUUUUGGAUAUCUACCAGGAAAGGAAUCAUGGCUGGUGAGGAUCCAUACCAUUCAGGGUACAUUGAACAAAUUGACCCGUUCAGAGACGACACGAUAUGGAUGACCAUGGACUCGUCACCGUUUACGGGCAUCCACAACAAUAAUGUUAUGAGGACAGCAGUUGACGGACCUUAUCUGCGAAUCGUCGAACAGCCAAAACAGAGGGGCUUCAGGUUCCGCUAUGGAUGUGAAGGCCCCUCCCACGGAGGACUCCCAGGGGCCUCCAGCGAGAAGAACAGGAAGUCUUACCCACAAGUGAAGAUCUGUAACUAUCAGGGUCCUGCACGAGUGGUAGUUCAGCUGGUGACCAACACUCAACAGCCUCAUCUUCAUGCUCACAGCUUGGUGGGGAAACAGUGCGAAAAAGGAAUCUGCAUUGCCGACUUGCAGCCCAAAGAUGCAAGCAUCAGUUUUCCUAAUUUGGGCAUUUUGCAUGUGACAAAAAAGAACGUAAGCAAAGUUUUGGAAGAGAGGAUGGUCGAGGCCUACAAGAUGGGGUAUAACUAUGGCGUAUCCAUCCAUCCUGAUAUAGAUGCCCUACAAGGAGAGGUUCGCAUGCCCAGAGAACUCACAGAUCUUGAGAGGAACGUGAUUAGCAGUGCAGCUACUGUUCAGUCGAAGGAGAUGGAUCUGAGCGUGGUACGGCUCAUGUUCACAGCCUUUCUUCCUGAUAGUGAUGGAGGAUUCUCCCGCAGACUGGAACCGGUCAUUUCAGACCCCAUCUAUGACAGCAAGGCCCCAAAUGCCUCCAAUCUCAAAAUUGUGCGGAUGGAUCGGACUGCCGGCUGUGUGACUGGAGGAGAGGAGGUCUAUCUGCUGUGUGACAAAGUCCAGAAAGAUGAUAUCCAGGUGCGGUUUUAUGAAGAUGAUGAGUCAGGUCUAACCUGGGAGGCCUACGGGGAUUUCUCCCCGACUGACGUCCACAGACAGUUUGCCAUCGUCUUCAAGACGCCUAAAUAUCGGGACCAGAACCUCCAGAAGCCCAUCUCUGUGUUUGUGCAGCUAAAAAGGAAGUCAGACAAUGAAACGAGCGAACCCAAACCUUUCACCUACCAUCCACAGAUUAUAGACAAAGAAGAAGUCCAGAGAAAGAGACAGAAGACUCUGCCAAACUUCCAGGACUACAGUGGAGCAGGAGGUGGAGCUGGUGGCAUGUUUAGAGGAGGAGGAGGAGGAUCUACAGCAGGGGGUGGUCCCAGUGGAGGAGGAGGAGGACAUUUCUUCCAGGGAUAUCAAACCUAUAACAAUUAUGGGUCUGGAUACAACUUCUCAGGCAUGGGAGGAGGCGGGACCACCAUCAAGCACGCAUAUCAAGAACCAGUGGAAGACAGCGAUGAAGACAGUGACAGUGAUAACGAUGAUGAUCCGGCAGCAGGUGGGGUGGUGCGAAUCUUUGCUCAGCCUGAACCUGUUAAUUUGGGAGUGGCAAGUGAAAACACAGAUCCUACAGAAGAGUUAAACACCACAGACUGUGUCUUAGAGCCGCAUUUGGCUGAGCUAGCUGGAAGACAGGCUCAAGCUCUCUUUCAUUAUGCAGUAAGCGGUGACGCUAGAAUGCUUCUGGGUCCACAGCGCCCCCUCAUGACCACUCAAGAUGAAAACGGAGACACGGGUUUACAUCUGGGAGUGAUCCAUAGUCAGACAGAUGCCGUGAGAAAUCUAGCACAAGUCAUCUCGGCUCUUCCCGGAGAGGAUAUACUCAACAUGAGGAAUGAUCUCUACCAGACUCCUUUGCACCUAGCAGUGUUGACGCAGCAAAAAGAGGCAGUCGAGGCCUUGUUGGAGGCCGAGGUUGAUGUCACGCUCACAGAUCGCCAUGGAAACACGGCACUUCACCUGGCGGCUCAGCAGAAAGAGGACAGCGUGCUGCGAUUGCUGCUGAAGCACGAAUCAGUGGCGCAAUUAACCAGCAUCCCCAACACAGCAGGUCUCUGUCCACUUCACCUGGCUGUACAGGCGAACAGUUUGAGUUGUGUGCGGGCCCUGCUGGAUGGUGGGGCAGAUGUGGAGGUUCAGGAGCUCACGUGUGGCCGCACAGCACUUCACCUGGCCACAGAGCUGGAAAACCUUUCUCUCACUGGCUGUUUGUUGCUGGAGGGUAACGCAUAUGUAGAUAGCGUCACCUAUAACGGCUCAACUCCUCUGCACAUUGCUGCAGGACGGGACUCAACCAAACUGUGCGCGCUCUUGAUGACUGCGGGAGCAGAUCCUCAUAAAGAAAACUUUGAACCACUGUUCUUCAAAGAUGAUGAGUUGUGUGGUACAUGUGAGGAGGACGACGAGGAAGAUGAAGGCUAUAUUCCUGGGACAACCCCUCUGAAUAUGGCAACCUCCCCACAGGUGUAUGAUAUUCUUAACGGAGAGGAGUAUCAGCCCAUCACUGUUGUCGUUCCACCGCAAGGUGACAUGAAGAGCUUGAGCUCUGAUACAAAGCAGGAGCUGUGCCAGGCACUGGAAGGACAGACAGGAGGCUGGGAGAGUCUGGCUCAUGCUCUGGGUCUUGGCAUCCUGACCAGCGCAUUCAGACUCAGCUCCUGCCCUGCUGGAAAGCUGCUGGACAGCUAUGAGGUGUCUGGAGGAACGGUGCGUGAGCUGGUGGAGGGACUGAAGCAUGUUGGGAACAGCAGUGCUGUCAGUUUACUCCAGGCUGUGUGUAAGGAGCCUGAAGUUGUCCAAACCACGCCCCAGUUCACAGGUCCAGGGCUCUAUAAGUCUAUUCAGGGUUUGACACUGGGCCCCCAUCAGGAGGAGAGUGGGAUAUGCGACAGCGGGGUGGAGACGUCUUUCUAGACCCCCCGGCCUUAGUCUCGCCGACCCCAAACACAAUCGCACAAACUGAGGCCUGACCCUAAAAACCAGCUUCUCCCUCCUCACUACAGCAGCAGCGCCACUCAACCUCAGGACACGCCUCCAAACUCUUUUAUUGGCCACCGCCCACUGUGGAUGCUCCACCCAAAAUUGCAAAUGAGGGAACUUUGAAGAGUCCUUAAGCUUUCCGGCCACAGCAAUUUUUUUUUUGUUGUUUUUUGAGCUUUUAUUAAGAAUAAUACCAAAAAGCACUUAUUUGAAGAUCUUAUUUUGUCCUUUAAGAGCUAUAUUUUCUUGGUCAGUUUCAGUCUCCAAGUGGUUAGAUUUAAUUAAGCUUAAGCUGAGGCAGCAGAUGACAUCCAGAGCACAUAUGUACGAAACUCAAUAUUUAGGUUCAUGAUGCGUUGGACUCAUGCAUUUGUACAUUCUCAGGCUUGAUUUGCUAAAAUCUGAAGCUGAAUUUUUUAUAAAUGCAGAAUUCGUCUGGUUUAAUAAGUCUAGCCUUAUUUGUUUCGUUAAUAUUUUAACGAACAAUCCGGUUUAAAAACAGCAACUUAAGUUUAUACAACUUAUUAUGCAGACUUUCUCCUGUAGUCAUUUUCUCACAAUACAACCAUGUGUUGGAUGAAGAGGAGCGGAAAAGGCGGUCUGCUGGAUUAUUAUGACCCUUUGGAACAAUCAGAUAUGUUUGAUGAUGAAAAAAAGCUCAUUCUUUCAUAAAAGACCUAUUCUACUGUUGUCCCUCACCUCUUCAGCUGUAAUGAACAACAUUAUUUGGGGUGGCGCUAGGAUUGAUUGUGCAUUUAGUGGUGCUACCUGUAAUUCCUGUUUUUUUUGCUCAAUGGUUCUGUUGAAGGAGACAUCGGAUUUAAUUUUCUACUUUUUAGCUUUUUUUGUCUGCCAGCUCAGAAAAGCUGUCAUCCAGUCUAAAACUGUCAUCCAGUGAGCUCGUUCAAUUUGAACCCGGUUUCUUCGUAGAUAGCUAUUUGAAUAAGACCACCUCCGAGCCAUAUAUGGAUAUAUUAGACACGCCCCACAGAAGAGAGGGGUGGAGUCAGCAGUAGCUCAUUAUCAUUUAAAGAGACGUGCACUGAGACAGGUCACUGUGGAUAGAGCUAGUUUUGACAGGGUAAAAAGGAUGUUGUUUUAUAUGAUCACUAAGGAAUUUUAACCAACGUAUGUUACAUACAUGUCAAAAAAGAAUCAUACCAACUUGUAGAAAAUGGGCAUCCGAUGUCCCCUUUAAAAAAAAAUUAAUAAGCUUUGAGAGAAUAUUCUCUCUUCCACAUUUUUGAUUGAUUUAAAAAUAAAAACAGGAGGGUCAGUCCUGGGCAGCGAUUGGAGUGUGUUUGAUUAGAUUUUGAUGGACUGUGUGUGUGUGUAUGUGCGUGUGUGUGUGACUUUGAGGAGCUUUACAGGAUGCGUUUAUGACGACUGUAAUAACCUGAUGCCUCAAAUGCCCUUUAUGAAAUAUUUGUAGUUACAUUUUUAUCUUCUUGUUAAAGAAAUAAUUUCAUUCCCUUCUGCUGUGUGUUAUCUCAGGCUGUAUAAGACAAAAUAUCACUCUGAUUUAGGAUCAGUUGAGUUCAAUUAGAACUGAUCCCAGAUCAGCUGUCUUUUUUGUUGAUGUUUUGCUCUGUGAAAUUUUCUAGACGUGGCCUCCGACCUUUAAACUGACUUGGGGACUCGUGUCACCAAAAUGUGUCUAGCUGCCAUAAUAUUUUCAUAUUAUAUGUUUAAAAAGCAACAAAACCAUCUGAAACCCCAAACUAAAGGUUUGUCAGGCACUAUUGUUUUUUUUGUUUGUUUGUUUUUUUUUUUUUGGCUGUAAAUUGGUAUUUAUGUGAAAAAUGUAUGCUUUGUUACUGGUUUUAUUGUGAUACUUUUAUAAUAAAACAAUUCAUUGUG